AUGAGUGACUCAGACAGUGAUGGAGAUUUUUUUAUGGACACUCCAAAAGCUAAGGCUAAGAAAAGUCCGAAGAAAACACCAAAAAAGUCUGAGAAAGGCGAUAUUUCUAUGUCUAUGACUGAAGAGGAUAGAAAUGUUUUUACUAAUAUCGAUAAAACUAAUAAGAAAAUGUCUAUCGAAGAUAUUUAUCAGAAAAAGUCGCAGCUCGAACACAUUCUUCUCCGCCCCGAUACUUACAUCGGUUCUGUGGAAUAUUCUGAUAAGACGCCAAUGUGGAUUUAUGACCACAAGGAAGAAAAGCUGGUGCAGCGUGAAAUUUCCUUUGUUCCUGGAUUGUACAAAAUCUUUGAUGAAAUACUUGUAAAUGCUGCUGAUAACAAACAGCGGGACCCUAAAAUGAACUUGAUCAAAGUCGAAAUAGAUCCAGAGAGAAAUUUCGUCUCUAUAAUGAAUAAUGGUAAAGGUAUCCCAGUUGUUCUCCACAAAGUGGAAAAAAUGUUUGUGCCCGAAAUGAUUUUCGGAACUCUUCUAACAUCUUCAAACUACGACGAUAGUCAAAAAAAGGUAACUGGUGGUCGUAACGGUUAUGGUGCCAAGUUGUGUAAUAUUUUUUCUACUGAAUUUACUCUGGAAACAUCAUCAAAAGAAUAUGGAAAGAAUUUUAAGCAGACAUGGGUAAACAACAUGACGAAGGAUUCCGAUGCUGUCAUUUCAAAAUCGUCAGGAGAUGACUUCACGAAGAUUUCUUUCAAACCAGAUCUGAAAAAGUUCAAAAUGAAUAAGCUGGAUGAUGACAUUGUGGGCUUGAUGAUGAGAAGAGCUUAUGAUAUUGCUGGUAGUACGACCGGUGUUAAAGUUUUUUUGAAUGGCAAGCAAAUCCCUGUACAAGGGUUCAAACAGUAUGUUGAACAAUAUACUAAGGAUAUGACUGGACCUACGGGAGAUCCGAUAAAAGUAGUCUUCGAAAACGUCAACAAAAGAUGGGAUGUUGCUUUGGCAGUGUCUGAGCGAGGAUUUCAACAAGUCUCUUUUGUUAACAGUAUCGCCACUACAAAAGGUGGUCGUCACGUCGACUAUGUUGCUGAUCAGAUGGUUGCAAAGCUUAUCGACACCAUCAAGAAAAAAGUUGGAAAGAGUACUGUAAAUGUGAAACCCUUCCAGGUUAAAAAUCAUAUGUGGGUAUUCGUCAACUGUCUGAUUGAAAACCCCACUUUCGAUUCGCAAACGAAGGAAACGAUGACUCUUCAGUCAAAAUCAUUCGGAUCCAAAUGCGAGUUAUCCGAUAAGUUUUCUAAACAAGCGAUUGGCUGUGGAGUUGUUGAUGCUGUUCUGGCAUGGGUGCGUUUCAAGCAGCAAGAAGAUAUGAACAAAAAAUGCUCAGGAAAAAAAACAACAAAACUGAAAGGCAUACCGAAGUUAGAAGAUGCUAAUGACGCUGGAACCAAAAAUUCCCAUCUUUGCACUCUCAUCCUCACUGAGGGAGAUUCUGCUAAAACUCUUGCCGUAUCUGGCCUUGGUGUCGUUGGAAGAGAUCGCUAUGGAGUAUUCCCAUUGCGUGGUAAACUUCUUAAUGUGCGAGAAGGAAAUUUGAAGCAGGUUGCCGAGAACGUUGAAAUUAACGCUCUUAUUAAAAUUAUCGGUCUCCAAUACAAGAAAAAAUAUGAAACGGAAGAUGAUUUCAAGAGUCUUCGGUACGGGAAAGUUAUGGUCAUGGCAGAUCAGGAUCAAGAUGGUUCCCACAUCAAAGGUCUUGUGAUUAAUUUCAUUCAUCAUAACUGGCCGAGUUUAAUUCAAAGAAAUUUCGUAGAAGAGUUCAUCACUCCUAUCGUGAAGGCCACGAAAGGUAAAGAAGAGAUUUCUUUCUUCUCCAUCCCUGAGUAUAAUGAAUGGCGUAAUGCCACAGACAACUGGAAAACUUACAGAAUCAAGUACUACAAGGGAUUGGGUACAUCAACUUCGAAAGAAGCUAAAGAAUAUUUCUCUGACAUGGGCAGACAUCGAAUCAAGUUCAAGUAUGGAGGACCCGAUGAUGAUAAAGCUGUUGACAUGGCUUUCUCGAAAAAAAAGAUCGAGGAGAGGAAGGAAUGGCUGACGAAAUGGAUGGCUGAAAAGAAAGAGAGACGUACACAAGGUUUAGAAGAGGAGUAUCUCUAUGAUAAAGAUACAAGAGCGGUUACAUUCAAAGAUUUCAUCAACAAGGAGCUUGUUCUCUUCUCCAAUACUGAUAAUGAAAGAUCUAUUCCCAGUCUCGUCGACGGUUUCAAGCCGGGACAGCGUAAAGUUGUUUUUGCUUGUUUUAAAAGAGCAGACAAGCGAGAAGUGAAAGUUGCUCAAUUGGCCGGAUCAGUUGGUGAACUUUCUGCAUACCAUCAUGGUGAAAUGUCUCUAAUGGGUACAAUCAUCAAUUUAGCACAGGAUUUUGUUGGUUCAAAUAAUAUUAAUCUCCUGUUACCCAUUGGGCAGUUUGGAACAAGACUUCAAGGUGGUAAAGAUAGUGCUAGUCCUCGUUAUAUUUUCACUCAGCUGAGUCCCGUUGCGCGUGCUAUGUUCCCAGUGUCAGACGAUCAUGUACUCAGAUUUCUCUUCGAAGAUAAUCAACGAAUUGAGCCAGAGUGGUACUGUCCAAUUAUUCCAACAAUUCUGGUCAACGGGGCGACAGGUAUUGGAACAGCUUGGUCUACCAACAUUCCUAACUACAAUCCGAGAGAUAUUGUCGCAAACAUUCGAAGAAUUAUCAAGGGGGAGAGUCUCAAGCCUAUUAAACCUUGGUAUAAAAACUUCCGGGGCCACAUAGAUACGAUCGACCCUACAAGAUUUGUAUGUUAUGGAGAGGUUUCAGUUCUGGGAGAUGAUACUAUUGAAAUCACUGAGCUCCCCAUUAAAACCUGGACUCAGACAUAUAAAGAAACAGUCCUGGAGCCUAUGCUUGAAGGAGGUGAUGGCAAAGGGGAAAAAUCUGAAAGAAAGCCUGCUAUGAUCGUAGACUUCAAAGAAUAUCAUACGGAUACCACUGUCCGAUUUGUCGUGAAAUUGCCUCCUGGAAAGUUAAGACAAUACGAGUCUGAGGGUCUUCAUAAAGUUUUCAAGCUCCAGUCUGUGUUAAACACAACAUCCAUGGUUCUAUUCGACUCCGCUGGCUGCCUGAGACGUUUCUCAUCUCCCGAAGAAAUUUGUAACGAGUUCUUUGGAGUACGUAAGCAGAAAUAUAUUGAGAGAAAGCGUUUCUUAGAAGGCAUGCUCAGUGCCCAAAGCAACAGAUUAUCGAACCAGGCUCGAUUCAUUCUUGCAAAAAUUAAAGGCGAAAUCAUUAUGGAAAAUAAGAAAAAAGCUGCGAUCGUUGAGCAAUUAGUCAAGCAUAAUUUCGAUCCUGAUCCAGUCAAAAAAUGGAAGGAGUUACAGAAAAAGAGGGAGCUAGAAGAAACGGGAGAAGUAGAUAUUGAAGACGAGGAAGAGGAGGAGGAUGGUGUGACAGAUGCUCAGAAAAAAUUGGAUACGAAACUUUCGGACUUUGAUUACCUUGUUGGAAUGGCUCUCAUAAAACUCUCCGAAGAAGAGAAAGAUAAACUCUUGAAGGAGAGUAAAGAAAAGCUGGAUGAGUUAAAGAAGCUGGAAGCCAAAACAUGGUCUAACUUAUGGGAAGACGAUUUGGAAAAUUUCCUGGAGGAGCUUAAGAAGCAGGAAGCAAAAGAGCGCGCAGAUCAAGAAACCAGCAUCAAACAAGCUACGAAAAAACUACAAGGGGAAAAACCAAAAGCAAGGAAAGGUGCAGUAGUCGCGGAAGUGUUACCUUCAAAAGAUGGAGUUAAAGUUGAACCUCAAAUGGACAGAGCUCUGAAAGAGAAGUACGAAAAAUUAGCUGCUCCUAAAAAAGUGAAGAAAGAAGCAAAAAAAGAGGGUGGCGAUAUCAAGAAGUUCAUGAACAUCAGUACUGAUAAACUAGAGCAAGAAGAUGAUUCCACCACUGAAACAAGCCAGGACGACGACGACGCUCCCAAAAAGCUAUCAGACUCGUCUAAGGAAAAUGAUGACGAAAUCAUGGUCAUUGAUUCGAAGAAAGCGAAAAAUGAGCCCAAAGCUGCCCCUCCUAAAAGAGCCAGGAAGAAAGUAAUCAUCGACGAGGAAGACGAUGUUGAUAAGGAUGAAGAUGAUGACUCCUUCGCACUGCCGAAGAGCUCAAAAAAAGCUGAUGAUUCCAUGUUCGAUUUACCAUCUGAUGAAGAGGAUUAUGUACCCAAAAAGAAAGCAGCACCCAAGAGGGCACUGGCUAAACCUAAGGAAGCAGCUAAACCUAAGGAAACUGCUAAACCUAAGGAAACUGCUAAACCUAAGGAAGCUGCCAAAUCUAAGGAAGCUGCCAAAUCUAAGGAACCUUCUAAAAUGACGGACUUUUUCGGAAAAAGUAGUAAAGCAAAGAAAGAUGAUUCAGGUUCUGAAGACUCGGAUACGGCUAAAAUUGUCAAUAGAGUAAAAUCAUCACGUGCCAGAACUGCUAAGUAUAAUUAUGACGAGUCUGACGAUGAAGAAGAAGAUCCCAUUCCAAAAAAGAAAUCCAGAGUCAUCGAUAGCGAUGAGGACUACUAA